UAUAAAACAAAAAAAAGUUUUGAAUAAAAUAUUGUUUUGUUUUUUUGUAAUCAAAUUAAAGCCGCGAUUACUGUCCAAACAAAACAUGACUAACACUACUAUUACUAAUACUGACAGCAUAUUCAUACCGACGGCCAGCUAUGGACAGCCAAGUAGUGACCAGUGGCGCGAUUUUACUGUUAUCUACGGCUGUGUUUCGGUGGGAAAUGUGCCGCAAUUGGCCAUCGAUUUAUUGGUGUCCACUCUGACAGAAUUGUUGGACUGCCGACUGGCCGGACAUUUAUACUCUACGGCAUUGAUGCCAUUGGUCGGACCCGAUGCCUAUCGAUACGGCGGACAAUCGUUGACCACUUCGGCACAGGUUUAUGUAUGUGUUUCCCGACGGCUAUUGAUUAUACAACAGCGGACACCAGUUUAUCGCGAAUUACGUAAAGAGUUUUACGAUUCACUAACUAAAUGGUUGGCCGCGUGUCACGUGCGACACGUGCUUGUGUUGAGCUCGAGUUUUCUCGAGCACUUGGCAUCGGCACUGGACUCUGGCGAUUACUACGCGAUCAAAUGUAUUACUAAUAAAAGUUUUAAGGAUACUGUUGGCAAAAAUGCAUCGGCAAAGUGGCCAACUGUCGAGCGCGUGGACCCGUUUACACUCCAACCCAAACCCGAUGGUGUCAUGCAUUUGCCGGGAAGCGGUGGACUACGGGAUGUGCUUAAAUGGUUAGACAAACAACAGAUUGCUAGCACCGGACUUGUCAUCUAUUGUUCCGAAGGCGACAAUAGACCGCAUAGUUUUGCAUUUAUUAAUGCCAUCAAUCAAUGGCUCAGUUUAGUUGACUUUCAGACCUUCAAGUCUUGGAUUACACCGUUCUCUUGGAGACAACUGUUCGGUGAUGAGCCACCCGUUAGUAUCUAUUAA